CGGCGCGUCACGGCGCGUCCGCCAGCUGAGCGCUCGCCCGGAAGUGAUGCGGUGGAGGCAGAGCCGCUGGGCGCCGCGGAGCAUUCUAUGUGGAAGCCAGGGAGCCUGAAGGAAGCUGUGAAGCUAGUGGAAUGAUUCUCUGUGUAGCUGAAGCUAUGUUAGCUGAGUGCUGCUGAUGGCAUGGUGAGAUGUGUUGAAGAGCAGCUGCGAGGGUGUCCGAGGGCAGGGGGACCGUGCUAGGAGCUGGGCUUGCACCACCAUGGGCCAGUGUGUCACCAAGUGCAAGAACCCUUCUUCUACCCUUGGCAGCAAAAAUGGGGAGAGAGACUCUGGCAGCAAAUCCCACAGCAAGAGAAGUGCAGUCCACAAAGACGACCAUGGCUCAGCCUGCGGGAAGGCUUCAGGAGACAUCCUUGUGAAUGGGACAAAGAAAACAGAUGCUGCUGUAGAGUCCAGUCAGCCUCCAACGUUUUCUGGAGAUGCAAAGAAAGACUCUGUUUGCAGUGCAGAGGAAUCUUCUCUUCAGAGGAUUGGGGAGUUGUUCAGGAGGUAUAAGGACGAGCGGGAAGAUGCCAUACUGGAAGAAGGAAUGGAACGAUUUUGCAAUGACCUCUGUGUUGAUCCCACUGAAUUUAAAGUACUAGUUUUGGCUUGGAAAUUCCAGGCUGCUACCAUGUGCAAAUUUACAAGGAAGGAGUUUUUUGAAGGCUGCAAAGCAAUAAAUGCAGACAGCAUUGAUGGCAUUUGUGCAAGGUUCCCCAGCCUCCUAAACGAAGCCAAGCAGGAGGAUAAAUUCAAGGAUCUCUAUCGUUUCACCUUCCAGUUUGGCCUGGACUCUGAAGAAGGACAGAGGUCGCUACAUCGGGAAAUAGCCAUUGCCCUUUGGAAAUUAGUCUUCACCCAAAACAAGCCCCCUAUUUUGGACCAGUGGUUACACUUCCUAAUCAAGAACCCCUCAGGAAUCAAGGGAAUCUCCCGGGACACGUGGAACAUGUUUCUAAAUUUUACUCAGGUGAUUGGACCGGACCUUAGCAACUACAGCGAGGACGAGGCCUGGCCGAGCCUCUUUGACACCUUUGUGGAGUGGGAAAUGGAGCGCAGGAAAAAGGAGGAGGAAACCAAAAGUGUUCUGUCCUCGGACACAGAGGGGCCGUGUGCGGACGGACAGACCUAGCAGCAGGGACAAAGGCAGCUCCUUGCCCUUCACACAAUGUAAACUCUGGAUGUUUCUGGAAAUUACCGAGGCUCCAGAUUUUUCUACUUUACACCUUUUUCUGCCUUGUCUUUGAAAGGGCUCUAAAAUGCUGUAUCAUGUUUUAGGCACUUUCUUAAUUUUGGUUAUUCCUUUUACUCUUGCCCUGAAAUAUUUGACCCUGGCUACAAGUUAAGCAUUUUUUUUAUUUUAUUUUAUUUUUAAGACUUCAGAUUAGUAUAAGUAAGUCUGAUACUUCUUGCACAAUGUAGAUCUUUUUAGUUAGGUUAAAUUAACAUUGCUAAAUUAUACAGUGCCAGAUUAAGUUUUUUCAUACUACAUCUGUCAGGGCAGGUCUGUACUGUGUGUAGUGCUGUUUACAUUGUUGAAAUUUUAGGCUGUAAUAAUUUUAAGGUUUUAUACCGAGAUGAACAGCAGUGUUAACUAUAAAUGCAUUAAUCCUGGGUAAUAAGGCUCUAAAAACCAACAUAAGCAACAGCUUUUUGUAAUAUGGCUAAUUCCCAUUUUGAGCUAACUCCUAGUGAAUGAGUCCAGAUCAUUCCUUUUUUUGGACUUUCAAACUAAAUGUUGGGAUUGUUUUAUAAAAUUACUGUACCUGUCAGUCAACUGAGUGGUAGAUGACGAUUUAUAUCUAAAUCUCUUUACACAUUCACAUAAUAAAAGAGCAGUACUACCUCAGUUUUAUUGAAAGUGGACUUGUUGAUGGACUUCCAUUUUCUCUGGAAGUUGUAUUUUUGUGGUUACAUGAGAAUAUUUUUACUUGACUAAAAGAACCAAAGGUUCUGCUUCUUAAGUUUGCUAAACAUUGAGAGAAGCAACACACAAAUACUAAGUCUUCAAGGAAAACUGUGGUAUAAUUCUGCUUUAAUUUGUUUGAUUUAUACCUAAAGUAUUACCUUACUUGUCUGGCAAGCACAGUACUUCUAUGUAAGGAACUAUCUUUUGCAUUAAUAUUGACAAACCAAUUUUUUAAAGCAUAUGUUUAAUUGCUAAAUUGCAGUUAAUACUCCACACUUUCUGGAGCAACAAUAUCGGCAUCUGAUGACAAAGUGAAUUCUUAAUGUGUUCUUAAUGACAGCAGUGUAGAUGAGUCAUUUUUAGACUGAUUUGAUAAUAUUUGGAUAGGAGUCAAUUUAUUAUUUUACAAUGCCUGUAUUGGGACUAUUUGCCUGUUGAAAUUGUUGUGACUUAAAGGGAGUUUUAUUAACACUGGUUGAAACUUUUUUGGUUAUUGAUGCUACCUUUUUUAAUUUUAGUAUGUCAACUUUUUUACACCUUUUGGUAAAAGGUUUGAUUGCCAAGGCUUUCUGUAUAGCCAAGUGCUGGCUUAAUGAAUUUGAUACACUUCUGUUACACACCUUUUAUUUUCAGAGCUGCAUUUCAGGAUCAUAAACCAACUUCAACUGAAACAAAACAAAAGCCUAGACAGUCAUCCAUAGCAUCUAAUGGCUUUUGUGAUGUAAGGGUUUUAAAACUAAAGGGAAACAGGUUUUAAGUGGUGAGCUUGUCACGGGUCCAGGGUGUUGUGCUUUGCACAUCUGUUGUGCCCCACAGGGGUUAGCAGAGAGAGGAGCAGGAUCUACCCAAAUUCUGGGUCUGGCUUUGCUGGUAUGCAGCCCUGCAAUGGCUUGGCUUGGAGGUCAUAAAUCACUAACAAAAUGUGGGUAAUGCAAACUGUUUAUAAACAAACCCACAAGCCACAGAUAGCAUCUCUUUCAUCUAAUAAAAGGAGAGUUUGGUCCAUGCUGCUCUUGCUGGGAGACAAGCUGUGGAAAACAAAUGUGGCUGUUUUAGAUGCAGCUGAAUCUGUCCCUUUGCAGCAGAGCCCUGAAGUUGCUGUUUUAUGGGUAAAUACACCCAAAGCUUUGUCCUUGCUUCUCUGACUUUCUGUGGCACAAAAGUGUUUGGCAGCAAAACCUUAAUCUGAUUUGGUGAGCAAAGCAGCCAAAGCACUCUUGCUGGAAUCGUUGAAUUUAUGGUGAGACACUUGCUGGUGCUGUUAUUUUUAAAAGACUAAAAUAAAUUCCCCAACAGAGGCUGCUUUGUUAGGAAAAGUUCCAAAUGGAGACUGAUUUGAUAGUAAAUGAAGACUCUAUUUGUAAGUUUGAUGCUCUUCAUUCAUUCAGCUAUUAAAUGCUUUGUUCGUCACUUAAUUUUUUUUCCCCCAAAGGAAAUUUAAAAUGUCCAGAGUGUGAGGAGUAACUGUUCAAAUGGGUAGCUCACCAGAUGGCAGCUUCUGAUUUACACCCCAGCAUGCAGCAGCCCCAGAGGAUGAGGCUCUUUAAGGAAGGUGUUUAUCUUGUGGUUGGAAUGUGGACAGCAGUGAGGAAAUCAAUCUGUAGCACACCAGGCUCAGCCAUUUUAAGGUAUCCGAGGUAACACAGCUGCUUUUUAAAGGCAGAGGUGAACACACAGGAAGGGAAAAUCUGGUUUCCUGUUGGGGAAAGGACAUACCAUUGCCCACGAGUUCAGUGUGGGGGACAGCCCUGCUCCUGUUCUGCUGCUUCCAGCCAGGCAGGAGCAGCUCCACCCACUGGGCAGGGAGCUUGCAAAAAUAGCCAAAUGAUCUAUCUAGGGAAGUAUCACUUAUCUUUAGCCUAAUUUUAGUCCUUUAAUUACCAUUUACAGAAUGCAAACCAGACAUGUGUCAGUUUAAACUCCUGAAGCAGGAGCUGGAGGUGCAGCUCUUGGGCAGUGCUGGCAGAGAGUGGGGCUGCCAGACCUUCUCUUGGAUUGCCUGGUGAUUUUGUGAUCCCAAAUGGACUCUGUAAUGCUGAGCUGAGGGAAUGGGGUUCAUGUGUGUCUCUGAGAAGUCUUUAAUAAUAUUGGAGCCUCUGAAAAUAUGCUUGUUUAAUGGUUAAACUGUGAAUAUCUGUGGAACAGGCCAAAUACAUUCAUUCUUCAUUUUUAUAUAAUUUAAUUCUUCAUUGUGUAGGGCACAGGACUGUAAGUGAGCAGUGAUGCUGAUGAAAUCCUUGAAACCAUUGCAACUGUUUAGUUUUUUUUAAAAAAUAGAUUAUGCAUUAGGAAACUUUAUGCAUGUAGUGAAUCUGCUGCAACUUGGGAUAAAUAACUAUAGAUAACUAUAUAGAUAGCUGGAGUAAUAUACUGGAAAACUGGUCUGGUAUCCACAAUCUGUGGCAAUUGACUGCCUUCUCUUAUAUGCAAAGAAAUACAACUCCUGUAAACUUUAGCCCCUAGUAAUAAAACACUGACCACCUACACCACAUUAUAGCUUGCAACACCUGUAAAAUUUGGCUUCCAGAUCAACUGGAGGCUUAAUUGUGCUAAUUUUCACUUGUGUGGGUGCAUUUCUGAGGUCAAAGACUAUCUAUUGAUUCAAGUAAGGGUUUGAAAGAUCCUGGCCAUAAAACAUGACUGAGGCAAUGACUUGGAAUUGAACACCAAACUGUGAGUUUAUUUGCUGCUGGUGCUAUUCUACAUGGAGAAAUACAGCUUCUUAGUACUGUGCAAUCCUGGUGAAAGGAGCACAGGAGGGUGAGCCCAGGUCUGGCAGGUGGCACAGACACAGCUGGGGCUGAGAGCUUCCCCCAGGCUGGCCCAGCAGGAUCAGCUCUGAACCAGGACAGGUCUCAGCCAGGCCCAGUUCAGAGCGUGGAAGGAGCUCAGGCUGCUCUGCUGGGGCUGAGGGUGCAGCCCCUGCUCCUGUGGGCAGUGCUGGGGCAGCAGCAGCUCUGCUGGGUGACUUUAUUUCAUUAUUUCAGUCUGUGUGUCCAUCAGAGCCUGCAGAAGCCAUGGAUCCAGGACUAGCCUGUCACCCGUGGUUCCCAGGCCUGUGCACUGACCAGUGACCUUAGACUUUGUGUGACACUGUCAGCAUGAGCCUUGUCUCCAAAAAAAGCCCAACAAAGUUAAGGAAACACCAUGUAGUUAAUAGGCACCUCAGUUGUGGUACAGUUUGUUGGCUGAGGUUACAUCAUUCCCAUUCUUUGGUAAAUAAUAGUCAUUGUGAGUUGCUGGCUCUUGCAGCCUUGCAUUCUGCAGUGUGAUGCUUUUCUAGAAGGUCCUCAGUAAAUUGGGCACCCAGUUCUUCCCUUGAGCCCACUCUGCUCAAUGUAUGUGCAUGUGAAUUUAGCCUUUCAUAUUAAAAAGGAAGAUGCUUAACCUGAAACUCAAAAUUCUUCAGGGCAGUGCUUCAAUAUGGAGAAAAACACAUUUUUUCAAAUAAGUAUUAAAGCAAAGCGUCUGCUUAAAUUUUGUUGCGUGCAAACAAACCCACCAGUGUUAACAUUUUCUCUCUGGUCUAUUGAAGAUUGAACCUUUGGUUUUAUAGUGUGAACUGAAGUGAAAUCCAUGAGAUUGUAAGACAGAAAGAAGGCUGUAACUCCUUCACCAUGAAGUACGUAGGUAUCUCUACCUCUUGUUCUUAGACUUGAAUAGUUUAAGGCUACCAUCCUUUCAUCCCGGGAUUUUAUGCCUGGAUGAGUAAUCUGUUUUUUUUAAUUGACCCAAGUUAAGUAUUAUCUCUUUGCCAUAGUUUUUGGUGUCCUGUGUUUAACCUGUAUGCAAAGGACCCUUUGGAAGGGGGCCGGGUCAAGCUGCAAACCAGAGUUGGUCCUCCCGGGUGCUACUUUUGGAGUGCAAUAGAGCAGCUGAGCAGAGCUCCGUGCCUGUGGCUCAGGGCUUCUGGCACCACACGUCCUCUUCCCUGGUCAGGCUGCCUGCACUGACAGUGAAUUGAAGAUGGAGCAGCUGCUCCCCAAGAGGGAGCCAUCAGCCUUUUCAUUUGCCCUUGAAAAGCUUUAGGAACCCACCUGAUGCAGUGCCAUGAGUGUAUUUUUCUUUUAAUCAAAAAUACUGUGUUUUGUUCCAUGUUGGACUGGACUUGUAACCACCCAGCAAAGAUGGGAGCUGCAGAAGUGCAAAGGCCACACGCAUCCUUUUUGUCCCUGAGGUCAGAAUCCUGCUCAGGAUAAAACCCUUGUUCUUGAGUGAAGCUGGAGUGUUCUCAAGAGAACUGGAGAUGCCAGAGUGGCUUUGGUGCUCAGCUGUGUUCAUUGAUGCAUUGGGGGUGUUCUUCUGCAUGCAACACAUCUGUGCCCUUCCUGUCCUCCCCCAGAGCAAACUGCAGCACAGCUCCUGCCACAGCAAAUCCCACAUCCUGCAAUGCUGUGGCAGCUGCUGCUGCUGCAGGAUCCCUCCAGUGCUGCUUUGGGCUGUGACCUCUUGCACUAUCAGGAGGGGAAUCUAUUUUGAGAGAACAGGGGGACAUGUGAGACAGCAGGUAAAAAGAGCAUGUGUGUUCUUGUCCUAACAGCUUGCCUUAAAUCACUGACAUUGCAGCAGUUCCUUGCUACUAUUGCAAUCCUCAGUCUCUGAAAAUCCAACAGGUUCUGUAGGUAAUACUGUUUUUUGUUUGAUUUUUAAUAAGUUUCUAUCUUUGCAUAAUUGCACUCUUCAGAUAAGCCCUUUUUGGAUAAUGUGUCAUUUCACACACAGGAAAAAAGUCCAUCUCCAGUGUUUGUGCUGUAAAGUGUUUCAGUUUAUGCCCUGUAAAUUAUAUCUGGACUAAAGGUUGCCUACUGUUGAAGCAGUGUGUUUACUUGAAUGUUGCCAUUUUAUGCAGUUACAGCUGCUGACUCUUGCUCUUCUCUGGGCCUGUGAGAGUGGAGAUUGUGUGACCAGAGCUGGCACACCUGCACAGAGGAUCAGUGGAGCUGCAGGCUGGCUGCUGCUCCCAAGAGUGUUACAGUUAAAGGACUUCACAGAUCAGUGCUCCGUAUUUGGAAGUUGUGACUUCUUUAGUCAUGCCAAACAGAGUUAUUUGAAAAUACACUUGUGUAAGUUUGCAAUAGUCUUUUACAAGGAGAUGGGCUGGCAGGAGGGUUGGAGGGCCUCGUGCUGUAAGUUGUUGAGUAACUCAAGUUCCAGGAGCCAUGGAUGGCACUGGCAGGGCUCUGUCCCGAGCCAGCACUGCUGGGGUUUGCACUGCCUGGUCUUGAGGGCAUGAAGCAACCACAAGGCCUUGAUGGGCUCUGUGGAGAAGGGUCAGCCUGGGAGCACUGGUUGGUGCAGCCUUGUUGUUUCUUGUGCAUCUUGAGGCUCCGGUUGAGCCUCAAGUCCCUCUCUGUGGCAGGAAUGUGUGUUGGUAGUGUUUGCUCCCAGAGAGGUAACUCAGUGUGACUGGGGAAGUACCAGGGCUUUGUGUGCUGUGUGUGAGCUCAGCUCCCUGCUGGGCCUCUGGGCUGCUCAGCAAUCCAGCCAGGGUGGGCAGGGUCACAUCUGCUGCUCUUUGUGCCCAGGGGAGUUUUGCCUUUUCAGACUUAGCCAGGAGAUCACCCUGAAUGAGCCAGUUUUCUCACUCUGGGAAAUGAUGAAUGUGUUGCAUGUCACAGCAGCCCCGUGGUUCCUCUUUGGGACAGCAGUAUCAGAAGUGCUGUGUAAAUGUAAUGCUUGAAAACAGCUGGAGUAAAUUCUGUUUCAUGUAGGAUCUUUAUUUCAAGGGGAUGCAGCCAUAUUUGAAACCUGAUCUAGAGGAAAAUUGGGAGAAUUCCAGGGCAAUGCAUCUGCUGAAUCCCAGUCUACUGAAUUGGUUUGUAGUUUUACAGUUACCUUUCUUACAUGAAAUUUUCUCACCGUUGGUGUCUGGAACAGAAUGGAAACAGCAUCUUAUGGAAUGUGCAAUCUAAGGCACAAUGCAAAUAGGGUGUGAUAAGAAGGUUGUCUUUACUUGAUAGCAAUCCUGAGUGCAAUGUUUUUGUUGUGUCCCUUUUGGAAGAAGAGCAUUAAGUACAGUCUGAGGUUUUUCUUUUCUUACAAGCAAAGCAUUGGUUUGUCCAUUACUGACUUCUUGUGAAAUUUGUGCCAGAUGUAUAUUAAAUAUUUUGGUGCUUUUUCUAAUCCAAGCUGCCAUUCAUUUACCUGUGAGAUUAUUGUACUUCUGUAUAUUUAAAUGACCAACCCCUUAAAGAAAAAAACAACAAAAAAAAAUCCUUUAGUCACAAUGUAUCCUGACUACUGUAGCCUGUAAAUGUUCCAAAGCUUCUGGGUUUCCUGUAUUCCAGUAAGGUCUGAGGGGAGGGGAACAGCUACAGAAAUCUCAUCCACUGGGAGGGAACUCCAGGCUGUUCUGUGUUACUGAACAAACCAGUAACAUUUGUGGUGUUUACAUAACGACACAUUGGUGUUCACUUUUUUGUGCUCAAGCUUUGUACAAAAUGUCUUAUUUAAAGCUG